CAGGGUUCAGCUGAGCUUCAGAACGAGGAUGUGUGCGCGCGAGCAGAAGUGCUGGCUGGGAGAUGUGAAGUGUAGAUUUGUUAAGCUGCUGUCGGUGAGGCUGAAGAACACGCAUGGACUAAACGGACAGAAUUAAACACUUCACAAUAUGAAGACGCGAACGCGUCAUGGGAUCAUAUUGAUUGGUCUUGUAAGCGUUCUUACAAGCUUAUUGUUCCUGUACAACAGCAGUUUUACUGACACACCAGAAGAUCAGCUGCAGUCAGAUGGACAUCAGGUGGACAUUCUACAACAGCAAACAUCCCACUUAGAAGGAUACAGCAGCAUCGCUGAUCAUAAGCCUCUUAGGAUGCAUUGCAAAAGCUGUGCCUUAGUGACCAGCUCUGGUCACAUGACCGGAAGUGGUCGAGGUGCAGAGAUUGACCGCAAGGAGUGCGUCAUCCGUAUGAAUGAUGCCCCAACACGAGGCUACCAGAGGGACGUGGGCCAGCGAACGAGUCUGCGUGUGGUCGCACACUCCAGCAUGCAACGUGUGCUACGAAACCGACACGAGCUACUCAACUCCAGCCAGAACACCUUCUUUAUCUUCUGGGGGCCUGGAAACUACAUGCGACAAGACGGUAAAGGCCUUGUCUACAACAACCUGCGUCUGCUGAAGCAGAUGAUGCCGAAACUACAGGUGUACGUCAUCUCGAGGUUAAAGAUGCUGCAUUUUGAUGAGCUCUUUAAGAAGGAAACAGGGAAAGAUAGAAAAAGGUCUAACUCAUGGCUCAGCACGGGUUGGUUCACCAUGGCAAUCGCUGUGGAGAUUUGUGACCGAAUCGACGUCUAUGGCAUGAUUCCACCUGAGUUCUGCAAGUCGCCUAACCUCAAGCCAUCAGUGCCGUAUCACUACUACGAGCCAGCGGGGCCAGAUGAGUGUAAAAUGUAUCUCUCGCACGAGCAGGGCCGGCACGGCAGCCACCAUCGUUUCAUCACUGAGAAACGUGUCUUUGCCAACUGGGCACGUAUGUUCAACAUACACUUCUAUCAACCAGACUGGGGACCGGCACCUGUUACAAAAAAUAGCACAGACUCCUGAGAUUCAAACACUGGGGUGUUACUCGGACUCGGUGUCCUUUUGAGGACAAAACUUCAACAUUUGAACUGGAACACAUUUUGAAUGAAAGUUUUCGAUGAUGUUCUUUGUGGAGGAUCGAAACAGCAAGGUCUAAUUUUGCUGAACAUUUUAAUUGCAAAAAGCUGUGCUGAACAAAAGUGUUCAAAGAUUAUGUUCAAUGUGACAAGAACAAACUGUUUAUUAUUCACAUUACUUAUUAAUUGUAACAGUAUGAUCCUCAUUGGUUCGUAAUUCAGAAAACUGGGUUCCUGUAAUAAUUAUAUCACAUUUUCUGUUUCCAGAAAUUACUAGUCUAAUAUCUAGGCCAUGUUGUUCUCCGUGUGUAAUAUCAUUUAAAUUAUACAUAUAGCCUCAAUAAUUUGUGCCACGUGGAGAGUGUCAAGCACAUAAUAUUACAAAUUUCUUCUCUCAGUGGCAUCCAAAGAGAACCAUUUACAAAUUGUGCUUUUUCCAAAUGCCACUUUUAUCAUAGGGCUCAUUAGAUUUAUCAGAUUUUGU